AUGUCUGUCAUCUCUCCUGCCCUUAUUAGAGGUCUGGACAAUGUUCCCAAGCUCAUGGGAGAGGCCGAUUGGCAUGCCUUCAAGGAGCAGCUGGCCCGCUUCUUCCGCGCUAUCCAGGCUGGGUAUAUCACCGAGGACCCUGCUGCUGCAGUGCCUGAGGCCAAGAAGCCCCUCGAUGCGGAGCUCGAGUGGCUGCUCUUUAGCAAGCUUGGCCCAGACCCCAUGGCUCUGGUCAAGGAAGCUGAAGGGGGCAAGGCACUCUGGAAGGUGCUGAAGGAGAAGUACGAGAAGGCCACACCCUGGAAGCGCAUGCAUGCUCGCAAGGCAUUCCAGCAGUGUCGCCAUGACCCCUCGCACCCCAUCGAGACGCACAUCGCCAACGUCAAGGCGCAGAAGGCCAUCCUCACUGGCCUAGGC